UAAAGAGAAAAUUGGAUUGAACUUCUCGAGUCUCAUGCUGAUAUGCGCGCCAAUCUCAAGGAAAACUGUGACCGACCUGAAUUUCCAUUUUAACCUUAAAUUUCAUCAAUCUCCGGCAACUCCACCUUUCAUCAAGCUGCACCCCACUUUUCGUUAAUCAGAUUGACUCAAUCUUCGGCAAUCUGUAACUCCACCUUUUGUCAAGCUACACAGGCAAUUUCUUGUCAGCGAGUUCUUCAAUCUUAGGCAAAUCUCUCGUCUGCAAGUUCUUUAAGUUCUCCAAUCUCCGUUAACAACUCUCUAUCUAAUGGGUUUAUUCAUUUGAAAAAAAAAAAAAAAAGAAAAGAAAAAACUAUGAAUCUUUUUUUUUUCCUUUUUGUUUCUCCUGGAAUCUGUGUUUGGAUUGAGCAUCUACUGUUUGCUGAAAUGCUUGUGAGAGGUGGUUGAAUUGCAUGCUUCUUUUUGUCGGUCCAUAACUAUUUUUGGGACAAUGGUGUGUGUAACCCUUGAGGCUAAGCUAGUAUAUAGGACAAUUUUGCCUCAGUCAUAGCUAACAAACAGAGCCAUUCGUAGCCUUAGCUUUCUUAUGUACUACUUCAUGAUAUUCGCUACCGGCCAAGUACAUAACUAAAAGCAAGAAAAGCCCAUCACUCCUUUGUAGAAGUCUUUUUAUUUUUUGUUGUUCCCUUUGCAGAUCAUUUUCAACGCUUUUCAUGUUCUAAGCGCCAGUAUAUUUUGGCAAUAUUGCAAAGGCAUAAGAGAGUUUUUCACCUUGGUAGUCGAUAACUCAAAAAUAGAGUCCCGCACUUUGAUUCUAAGGUACCGUGAAGUAAAGAGAUGAAAAUAAGUGGUUGAAAUUUUGCAAGAAAGGGAUGGACCAGUUUGACCACAAAAUGUGGUUAAAAGUUUGGGGCGGCUUGGAUAUCCGUGAACCUGACGGGUUCGUGUAUGGGAUAGUACGCAUCCAGGAUUUGCCGGUACAGGCGUGGAGGUGCAACACUUGCGGCAAUUUGGGCCUUGCCGACGGCUCUGAUGGCUUCUUCUACUGCCUCCAAUGUGGCUCUCAGGCUGAGGACAUCGUUGAUACCGGCGUUGCCGAUGAGGACUUCGUCGACGCGGGCGGCGAAACAGGCGGUGCACUCUACAUAGCCAGUCACCGGCGCCAACGUAACCCCUCCGUCAUCAAAGCUGAGCCCAUCUCCCAGUCUGAUUUCCUCCUCAGUUCUACCGUCCAGUCCCAGUUCUGGGCCUCCCUAAACCUAAACGAUGAGACUCCCAAGAGUGAUAGGGUUAAGACAGUGGAGUACGAUUAUGAUGUGGGACCCUUCAGCGAUGGUGUAGGACCCACGGAGCCGGAGGAUUUUGGUUGGGUCGGGAAGAGCGUUCCGAGCUUUGAGGAUUACUAUAAUGAGACAAGGAUUAGGUAUGUUAUGGGGUUGCAGCUAAUGAUAGAGUCUCAAUGCGAGGCUUUGGUUAGGGAGUUUAAGGUUACCCCAUUGAUUUGUGGGUUCGCAGGGACCAUAUGGUUGCGGUUUGUAGCUGGGACUCGAGUCUUUGAUGAUGCUUGGGUUGAGGAGACUAUUCACGAAUCUGAGACUCAGGCACAUGGAGAAUCACCAACCGAUUUUAAGCCACGAUCUAAAUAUAAGGCAGAACCACAAAAUAUUUAUGGUCAACGUGCAGUAAUGAUAUGGUUUAGAUCACUGAGAAAGAGAAUACCGUUAACUUGCUCUUUAGCUGUUUCUUUUCUGGCUUGUCAUCUUGCGAGGGAAGCAAUUUUGCCAACAGACCUUGUAAAGUGGUCACUAGAAGGGAAGCUUCCAUAUUUUGCUGCAUUUGUUGAAAUUGAAAAUGUCAUUGGAAAGCCAUCAAGAGCCUGUCCUAUAAGUUCAAGUACAAUGUUUAGGCCUCGUGAAUCUGUUUCAGCACAGAAGUUAGAAUCAUUGGCAGCAUCAGUUGCUGAGUCCAUUUGCUUGGAUUUACCUCCUGUAAACUUCUAUGCAAUUGCUUCAUGCUAUCUCCAGAAAUUAUCUCUUCCUGUGGAAAAAAUUCUCCCUCAUGCAUGUCGCAUAUAUGAGUGGUCGACGCCUCCAGAUUUAUGGUUAUCAACGAGUGAACUGAGGCUUCCUACUCGUGUUUGUGUAAUGUCAAUACUAAUUGUAGCUAUACGAAUUCUAUAUAAUAUUCAUGGUUUUGGAGAUUGGGAAAGAAGAUUAUCUAAUGAUGGUGAAGCACCAUCCACAUCUUACUGGACUGGAGAAUCAGAUCCCAGUUGCAAUCCGAAAAUGAGAGAUGAUUUUACGAAUGGUUCUGGUUCUUCUCCCGACAUUGUAGAUGAUUCAGGUACAAACCCUGUUGAAAACACAUCACGUGCUCAGAAAUCUGAAUUGGAUGCUGCAGAGCUUUUGUACAACCUUGAAGCAAGAUACAAUGAGAUUGUUGAAACCUAUGAAUACUCUAAAGACUUACCAACAUAUCUCCAGUUCUGUAAGGAUGUGGUCUUUUCUGGUCUAGAACCAUCUUUUGAGGAUCGUGAAGAAGAAAAGAUGAUAGAACAGUUGUGGAACUAUUAUCAGAAUAACAAAGAUUCUGAAACAGCAAGUGAAAAGGAAAUGCUUUGUGGUAGUGGAGCUGUUAGCCAAAAGAGACCAAGGACUGAUGAAGGAUGUACCAGUCGUCUUCCAAAAGAAAAAAAGAAAAUUAGGGAUAGAGAUGUUAGUUACUCGUCCUCUAAUGAUGAUGAUUCUUACCAUACAGGGAACCAACAAUGGAGCCAAAAUGGUGAUCAUUCUUUUGAUAGUUUGCAGGGUGGUCGAAACUCUGACUCUAAUGACCAAAUUUCAGCUGAGACGGUCGUGGAUGAAACUACAGAGACAACCAAAAAUGAAGCAGUUAGACGAAUUAAAUUAGACAUGGAGGAGAAUAAUUUCUGUUAUAUUCCACCAAGGGCCAACAUCAAAAGAUUUGGUUACCUCUUCUAUGUGAGAAAGAAGGAUGAGGGUGCCUUUACUUAUGCUGCCCAUGCUGAUUACUACAUAUUGCUUCGAGCUUGCGCGAAAACUGCUCAAGUUGAAAUCCGAUGUAUGCACAUUGGGGUAUUGAAUCUUGAGAGGAGGCUGGCUUGGUUGGAACACAGGAUCAACCACUGCUUGCAUUUGACCCCUCCUAUUGUCUCCUGUGAGUUUUGUAGUGGCAUGGGCCAGGGAAAUGCUACAGAUGAAGAUGGUUUACAUGGAUUUUCAAAUUUAAAUAUAUAGUCCUUUUUUAAAAUGAUUCUACAAUUUUAAUUUU